CUUUGGCCAGAUGUCAGGCAUGGUGGACGAUUUACGCGGGAAAGAAAGUGAAAUUACAUUAAAUGAUGCUGAUGUUUCUUUAAUAGCUUCUAUAAUCAAUGCAACGUGCAUCUUGGGAUUUGGUGUAGUAGCUGUAUUGAGUGAAAAAUUCGGCAGAAGACAAACGAUUUCAAUGCUCAGCCUACCAGUUCUUAUCAGCUACAUCAUGUUGUAUUUAGGAAAUGAUAUGGCAACAAUUGUUACGUCUAGAGUUAUUGUGGGCGUUUGCUAUGGAGGUGUGCUGAUGUUGUCCUACGUAGCCAUGGCCGAAUAUAUGACUCCUAAUAAAAGAGCUUUUUAUAUUAAUUUAAUAUCAGCUACAGGUCCAUCUGUUGGUACUGUUUUGGGUCAUGUUCUAUGCCUUUUGUUACAUUGGAGAACGGUCGCACUAAUAGGUUUAAUUCCUACGGGAUUAUCGGCCAUAGUACCUCUGUUUUGGGUUGAAAGUCCCUCGUGGUUAGCAAAUCAGGGCAGAUACGAGGAAUGCAAAACGGCAUUUAGAAAAAUAUUUGGUGAAAGUAACGCAUCUGAAGCACAAUUAAGACUACUAAUAGAAACUGAAAGGAAAAAACGAAAUGAAAUGUCAGGAAACAAACGGAACUUUUCUGUUAUUGUACAGAAAUUGAAAACAGCAAUGAAAGAAAGAUAUUUCUGGAAGAUAAUGGUGUUAGGUGCAGUUAUUAAUAUUUACCGUAUCGCGGCCGGGAAAUUGAUGUUCAGUACAUUGGCUAUAACCAUGCUUCAAGAAUUAACUGGGAGUUCUGAUAUUCUUGUAUUUACUCUUUACGUAGACGGCUUUUUCAUUUUAGGUUCUGUAUUUUCAUUAUUUUCUUUGAGCGCGAUGAAAAUGAGACCACUUAUAUUUUCGUUGGGUUUAUUAGGAAAUGUCAUAUUAAUAGUUAUGAGUGCAUGUGUACAUUUUAUACCUUCGGGGAGUACAAAUUAUGUUUGGACAGUUAUAUCUCUCUUGGCUUUUUACUUCAUAGCUGUGUUAACGGGACCAUACGCCGUGUUAGACCCGUACUUGGCUGAGAUAUUUCCCCUAGAUAUUAAGUUAUAUUGUGUUUUGUUUUUGAGUUUCGUUAUCAGUAUUGCGUCAUUUCUGGCAGUUUUCUUAGCGCCAUUAAUGUUUGCUACAAUCGGUUACGACGGAGUUUUUCUUUUAAACGCUUUAAUAGUAUUCUUUUGUCUCGGCUACCUUUGGUACUUUAUGCCAGAGACAAAAGGUAGGACGCUACAAGAAAUAGAAUACUUCUUUAAACAAAAUAAAUUUCAUUCCAUAGAAGAAAUUAAUAAUGAACAAGUUGCAGGAUUACUUUGAAGACUCAGAAUUAAUUUAAACAUGUAAGUUACGUAGAGAUAAUGACUUAUUAAUUGGUUUAUUUUUUAUAU